CUUUACUCCCCUCAUAUCUUGCACAUACUUGUUCCCACUUUUCAUCAGAAUUCCUUCUAAUUAUCAUCAAAAAAACAACAUUAACAAUUGGUAUAUGAACAUCAAGCCUCCACAUCGAUCAAUAUGAGUUGUAACGGCUGUCGAGUUCUUCGAAAAGGGUGUAACGAUAAUUGCAUUCUUAGACAUAGUCUUCAUGGGAUCUCUACUCCUCAAGCUCAAGCCAACGCCACGGUUUUCGUCGCUAAGUUCUUCGGCCGAGCCGGUCUCAUGUCCUUCCUUUCCUCUGUCCCUGAAUCCCAACGCCCUGCUUUAUUUCAGUCUCUAUUAUUUGAAGCAUGUGGACGAACAAUAAAUCCGGUAAACGGAGCAGUAGGUUUGCUCUGGACCGGGAACUGGCACGUUUGCCAGUCCGCGGUCGAGACCGUGCUCCGAGGCGGGAGCAUACGCGCCAUGCCGGAGCUAUUUUCCUCAGUUGGAAAUACAACCGGUGUUAAUGAAAAUGAGGAUGCUACAUCAGAAGACAUAAAUUGUAACUUUGAUGUGUCUAAACUAACGGCAGAAGAUCUGAAUUUAGGACUUAUUACGUCAUCAUCAGGAAAUGAGAACUGGAGUACCAUGAUGGAUAAACGGAGAUCGGUAACGCCGUCUGAUGUGUCUGAAACGACGACCUUUGAUUCCACUUGUAGUGAAACAAAGCUUUUGAGACUCUUUUUAUAAAGAAAAUUAAAUCGAUCUAUAGAUAUAGCUAACUGCUGUUUCACAGGCUAAUUAUUUAUCCUGUCAUAAAUUUGUAGUUUUUUUUUUCUUUUCUUUUUUUGAUCGGCAAAGAGAUGAGAACUAUAUAUGAGAUGUACGUUGCAUAUAUAACUAAAACAUAUGCUACGAAUAUAAUAUGUGGUUGAUAUACUACAAUAAUGUUUCUGAACUAUUUAUGAUACAAAUAUUCGAUUAUUAAUAUUCAAA